CGGGCAACGCUGCUUGUCUGUGUGAUUUGCAUUUGUCACAUACGACAUGGCAGGCCGCGUGGCUGGCGUGGCGCCAAAGUCGAAUAUGGCGGCUUCCAGGCUGUUCGUUGCUUUCCGGUUUCAUUCAUUAUUCGUUUUGAUAUGUGAAAGCUUAUUGCAUUGGCAGCUAACAGGAGCCACGCAUAAUGGAUACGUUAUGUACUGUCCGUGCAUGGGGAGGUUCGGAAAUCAAGCAGAUCACUUUCUUGGAGCCCUGGCCUUCGCUCGUGGGAUCAACCGCACACUUGUGUUGCCUCCAUGGGUGGAAUACAGGACAGGCGAACCCAAAUCAGUACAAGUUCCCUUUGACACUUACUUCAAAGUAAAACCACUACAAGCAUAUCACGAUGUAAUUACCAUGGAGAAAUUUAUGAAAGAGUUGGCUCCUUCUAUUUGGCCUCCAGGCAAGAGGACAGUGUUUUGUUACCAGAAAAGAGGUGAAAGUGAAUCAUGCAACGCCAAGGAGGGCAAUCCGUUCGGACCCUUCUGGGACACAUUCAACAUAGAUUUCGAUGCGUCUGAGUUCUAUGGACCAUUGCAGUACGACAUUCAUUACGGUGACAUGGCCCAAUUAUGGAACAAACGGUACCCUGCAAGCGAGUACCCUGUGCUUGCCUUCAUGGGAGCGCCAGCAUCAUUUCCAGUGCAAGAGGAAAAUCUGGCCCUUCAUUCGCAUCUCAUGUGGAGCGACAUGGUUUUGAACAGGGCAAAACAUUUCAUCAGGACUGUCCUACCUAAGGGCCCCUUUGUGGGGAUCCACUUGAGGAAUGGAGUAGAUUGGUCUAGGGCAUGUGAACACGUAGAGGGUAGCCCACUGCUGUUUUCUGCUCCACAGUGUGCUGGCUACCAUGGUGAAAAAGGAUCCAUCAACGCCGAAGUCUGCUUCCCAUCGAAGGAUACCGUAUUGAAGCAGAUCAGACGAGUCGUCAGAGCCCUCAAGGCCAGAGCUGUGUUUGUGGCGUCCGAUAACAACCACAUGAUAACAGAUAUCACUGAAGCACUCAAGCUACACAAGGUGCAAGCAUACAAGUACGAAAGCAGCAAUCCUCAUGUGGACCUCGCAAUUCUAGGCCUUGCAAACCACUUUGUGGGGAACUGCGUCUCAUCCUUCAGUGCCUUUGCCAAACGUGAACGUGAUGUGAACGGAUUGUCCAGCUCCUUCUGGGCAUUCUCACCUGCACAAGGAGGAACACAGGCAGGCCAUGACGAGCUGUGAUUAUGUACGGCAGAUCUGAAAGCUGCAGUGCGCAAAUGGGACACUUGGCCUCCACAGCACACGGAGGUAUCCUGGCGGAUUGAGCUCUGAACAUACAGAGAGGAAUGUGCCUCUAGUACCUGGGGUCCAGAUUGGAAGGAGGGUGCACGAAUACCGAAAGUGCCUGUCGCAUGUGCUCAGUGCCACGAAGUGAAGGAGCCACGAAAUACUGACACUUCAGGGCACACUUCCUGCACCUUCGUCCAGAAGUGAUGCCGAGACGUAACAUUAAAGGGACUAUGGAAUGA